AUGCAUAGACUGCUAUUGGAAAAGGAGGUGAAGCCCCAACCACAUAAACCUUUGCUAAUGGAUGAACCAAAACAAGAAGAACCAAAGGAAAUGGUGAAUGCUCCAAGACCAUUUUGGAGGAGAAAAUGGACCAACUUAGACAAACGUGUUGCUUAUAUUAUUUUACUAGUGCACCUACUUUGUAUUUUUGCACCAUUUCAAUUCAAUUGGUCUGCAUUUCGGGUCGCCGUUGCAUUACAAAUUAUCACAGGUCUCUUCGGAAUGACCGUAUCGUAUCAUAGAAAUCUUGCUCAUAAAAGUUUCAAACUUCCAAAAUGGCUUGAAUACUUAUUUGCUUAUUGUGGAGUUCAAGCUCUCCAGGGUGAUCCAAUUGACUGGGUGAGUACGCACAGAUGUCAUCAUCAAUAUGUUGAUACUGAAAAAGACCCACAUAGCCCUAUUCAAGGAUUUUGGAAUAGUCAUAUGAUGUGGCUUUUCGAUUCUUACAUUUUGACUAACAAAGUUUGUCCUAAGUAUUCUAGUGAUCUUCAAAAGAUAGAGAGAAAUAUGUUUGUGUUUUUUUCAAAGCAUGGGAAACCCGACAACGUUGGUGACUUGGAGAAACAAAGGUUUUAUAGAUUUAUUCACAAAACAUAUGUUCUUCAUCCAAUUGCUCUUGCAGUCAUACUCUAUAACAUUGGAGGAGUUCCUUUUCUUAUAUGGGGAAUGUGUGUGAGGAUCGUAGUGAUUUUUCACUCUACAUUUAUGGUGAAUUCGGUAUGCCAUAUAUGGGGAAAGCAACCUUGGAGAACUGGCGAUUUGUCAAAAAACAAUUGGUGGGUGGGUUUGACUUCAUUUGGAGAAGGAUGGCACAAUAAUCACCAUGCUUUCAAGUAUUCAGCUAGGCUUGGCCUUAAAUGGUGGCAACUUGAUGCUGGUUGGUAUGUUAUUAGGUUUUUACAAGUCAUUGGAUUGGCUACUGAUGUAAAAUUGCCCUCUCCAACCCACAUGAAAAUCCUAGCAAUGGACUAA